AUGAGCGAAGACACGGCUUCGAUCAACGAAGCGCCUUUGCCAACGAGCGAAGAAACACCGGAUAACAUAGAGGUACGGCGAAACGAGGUGCUCGCUGCAUAUGCCAACUUUCGCGACCUUGCAAAGGAUAAACGAGAGAAACUGAUUGAGUCAAAGAACUACCAAUUGUUUAAAGAAGACGCUGUUGACCUCGAGAGUUGGAUGAAAGACACGAUUGCUUCGCUGAACUUGGAUGGAAAGCUUGAGUCAAAUCUUGUCAAUGUACAGGCUAAGCAAAAGCGGCGCGAAACUUUGGUUGUCGAGAUGAAACUUAACGGAGAGCGACUUGCGACUCUAUGUGAUGGUGGUCGCGACCUAAUCUUGGCCAAUCAUUUUGCUUCAAAAGCCAUACAGGAACACGUCAAUCAACUCGUGGAUUUGUGGGAGGAACUUCAACGGGCAAUGAAAAAGAAAGGCCAACUUCUCCAACAAGCACUUAAUAUUUCGAACUUUUAUCGUCUUUGUGAAGCAAUGAAAAAUUGGAUUGACGAGCGAGUGAAGGCUUCGCAGCCGACCAUUGAAUUGCCGGUAGAUGAAACCGCUUCCGUGAAAACGGAGAAUGUGCUGGAACUGUUGAUAAAGGAUGUCCAUAUGAACUCGCCGAAACUUUUGAAAAUUGAAGCCGAGGCUGACCGCAUUCUCAAAUCUGGAGUCGAUGAUGAAGUUGACAUAUUGACAAGACGUGACUCGGUAAAGGAAUCAUGGGAAACGUUGAUGCAAAACAUCGACAAGCUGAAGCAUGCACAAAUCGAACAAGAACGAUUGGCACGACUUGCAUUUGAAAUGGCUGAGGUGAAGCAGUUUCUUGAGCAAUAUCAAGAUGCCAGGACUAUGGAACCGCUCAGUGCUGCGAAUGCCAUCGAGGAGCAGCUGCGAAAAGUUGACGAAGUGUCGACGAAGCUACGAUAUUUUGAACAUCGCUUGAAGCACUCCUCAAAAGAUGCGCAACUGUUUGGCCGCGAAAAGGACUUUGAGCUUGUAACAACGGAGCUUGACGACUUCAAGAAACACCUGACGAACACGCGUGAAAAACUUAACAAUGAAAUCUUGAUCAGCAAAUUUGGUGGAGAGUAUGCAGACAUCGUUUCUUGGUCUCGAGAAGUUUUCGCAACAAUGAAUGUCAGUGAGAUGCCAUCGGACGUGGACAAUGCUGAACAGUUCUUGGAAAUGAUGAAGGAUAUUAAGGGAGAAAUUGAUGCGCACAUUGAAAUCAUCAAUGCAUGUUUGGAUAGUGGAUAUUUAUUAGAAGACUAUCGCGAUCUAACGGACAAAAUCGAUGAUUUGAAAACGCUUCGGGAUGAACUUCGAGCAAACUGGGAAAAGCAAAAUGCAUUCUUCGAAUCGUGUCAUCGUUUACGACUUUGGGAGCGAGACGCUGCAGAAGUUCAAAGUUCCGUGACAAAGUUGCAGGAUUUGUUGACGCGUCUCUUCCCAGUAAACAACAGUUCGCUGCAUAAUGCCAAAAAACAAUGCGCUGAAUUGGGACGUUUUGUUGGUGCCAAUGAACAACUUAUUGAUGAGCUGACGAAGAAAGUGGAACUCGUUACGCAAGGUUUACCGGAAAUGAAAGAAGCUAUCGGAAAACAAAUGGCAUCUAUCAACGCCGAUUUCAAAAACCUUCAGGAUCUAAUGAGCAACUUGUACAAAGAAAUUAAAACGACAGAGGAUGUUCAACAAUUCGAAAAAGAACUGGAGACAAUCAACACUUGGAUGAACAAUAGCUUCGCGUCGCGUCAAAAGGCCAUCCAAAUUCACAAAAAGAAUAUUCGGACUGAAGGCCUGAAGCACGACGCUUUCAAGAGGGAGCUUACCGCUUACGGCUCUCGGCUUGGUGAAAUUAAAAAACAAGUUGAAGAGCUACGGGACAAUGGAUACACAAAUGCGCAUAUGUCAUACGGAAAAGCACAAGAAAGAUGGAAUCAAUUGAACAUCGAAAGCGAGGAGCGAUCCGAAUUUCUGGAAGCAGUCGGGAUGGCGGUUCAAGUGGAACGUGAGAUCGAGCAAUUCAACGGAUGGCUGACGCAAGCUGAAGGACAAUUACGAUCGGUCCAAGCGGCGGCGAAUGGAGAAGAUGAUCCAUCAACAAUCAAUGCCAGAUUGAAAGCGCUGAAGCUUUUUGAAAACACCGCAAUAAUACAACAGGAAACGAUCGACGAUAUUGGAGAGAAGGCCAAGGGAAUUGAAACAAAGGAGAUUCGGGAUGCUUACGGCUCGAUUUUACAACGAUACAACAAAUUGAACAAGGAUCUCAAUAACGUUUUGGUUGUCGGAAAUCAGCAGCACCAAGACUUGGAACUACUUUCGGAGAUCUACGAUGAAUUGAAUUGGGCUCGCGAGAAGUUGCGAAUGACGGUGCUCAUCGAAUCCGACGAUCUUCAUGUGUUGCGAAUUGCGCUACAGAAAAAUGAGAUGUUGCUUGCUGAAAUGGAUGGCCAUACAAAAUCGAUUGAAGAGCUUCAGAAGCGUUCAAAUUCAGUGGGAAAUCAAAAGAACAGGCUUCCUAAGUUAAUCUCGGCCCAAAGCUACUUAUUUGAAUGCUUCAACGAGUUAAAAUUGAGCGCCAAUUUGAAACAACAAUAUUUAACAAUGGCUAUUGAGAAAAACAAGUACUACGAAGAUGUUCGCGAGGCCCAGGACUGGAUUGACUCAAAAGAUCGAUUGUUCCUGAGAUCGGCUGAAUUGAAAGACGAAGAAUCAUCGGAGAGAGCUGCUAGACAACACGACGCUUUUCUACUUGACGUGCAAGUUUUUGAGACCACCAUUAAUGAACUCCAUUCGCGUAUGCUCGAAUUGCAAAAAAGCGCGGAAAACGAACUGCCUCAUAUUGUUUGUCAGCACAAUAUUGUCGCUCGCAAGGAAGGUGAACUUUCUAUUAAGAAAGGCGAACGAGCAUUGCUUCUUGGUGAACCGACAGCUGAUCUAUGGAAAGUUCAGAGCAAAGGAUCAAUUGGAAUUGUGCCGAAAUCAAGUUUCAAGAAGCUCAAGCCAGAUGAUCGGUCAAAGCCAAAAGAAAUGCAGCACGUUCUGGAGUUGGCUUAUAAAAAUCUGACAAAGAAAUCUGAACAGAGGAAGCGGCAUAUUAAUGAUGUUAAUGCUGCCUAUCAUUUGAAUCACCAAUUUGUUGCUUUGGUCCAAUGGGUUGACGAUAGGAUUGUUGUGUUACAAAACCAGAAGACAAACUCAUUGGCUGGCCUAUCUUGUUUUGAAAAGGAUCUACAAGAUUACAAGAACACCUAUGAGCAAAAGAUGCAACAACUUGCCGCGCAAGCCAAUGAAAUAUCCAACGACAGCAGUGUGCAAGCCAUCUUCCGACACACUUUGGACGACCUGAAAGCAAAAUGGAAAAUUCUCGGCGCUGCAUUCGCGGUCAAGGAACAAAAAGCGGCGGCACACAAAGCCUUGGACAGUUGGUUGCACAAUGCAGCUGAAUUGGAUGGACAUAUCUCGGAAAAGGAGAUUUUGAUCAGCGAAGAAAUCAUUGGGUGUGACAAUAUAUUGAUUACCAAGUUGAAACGAGAUUAUGAAAUGGCCGAGAGUGAUAUGGAAGAUAUGGGACGACUUCUUGAUCGGUUCAUCGAUUUGGCUGAUGCACUGCGCCAACGGUUUCCGGAAGUCUCUUCAAUGGUUUAUGAUAGACAAAAAGAGAUUUGCGAACGAUGGAAUGGAUUGCUGGAAGAGCGACGAAGUGAGAUCAGAGAGCUUGUUCCCCUUUACGCCUUCCUCACGGAGAAUCAAGAUUUGUGCCAAUGGAUCGAAUCCGAAACGAUUGUUGCAAGCUCAACGGAUACGGCGAAUGAUGUUGAAGGAAUCAAGGCUAUGCUCGAUCAACAUUCAGAACUCUGGGAUGAUAUUUCGGCACGCAAAAGGGAUCUGAUUGAGCAUGAAAAAAAUGGAGGAGAUCUGAUUGCUGCACGUCAUCUUGCCAAGAAGGAAAUUGCUGAACAACUCGAAAAAGCAGUCAUUGCUUUUAAUGGAUUGCAAGAAACAUGGAGUCGGCGCAAUGAACUGCUUGAAAAUGCACUCGAGACACAAAAGUUUCUUCGGGAGUAUGAACAGUUUAAUGAGUGGUUAGAUCUUCAUGAAACAAUGAUUGUAUCUCACGACGUUUCGGGUGAAGAUGUCGAUGUUUUGUUGACGCGUCAAGAAGACCUCCAAAAGUCCGUAGAAAAGAAACGGGACUCGUUUCAAAAUUUCAAUUCUAUGGCUCAACAUUUGCUAUCAAAAAGGAAUGUCGAAAAGGAUUCAAUUGAAAGUCGACAGACACAAAUCAACGAACGCUGGGAGCAAUUGACUCUAAGUAUCAUUGACUCAAUUAGCCGGAUUGGUGAUGAGAGAAUCAUCCAAAACUUUGGAAAGCAAGCUGAAGAAAUGGAGUUCUGGAUUCGGGAAAAAUUAGUGAUCUUGGAGGAGAUCGAAUAUUUGCCUGAAAAGGAAUUGGAAAACGCUACUCAAACACAUAAAAGCCUGGGAGAAGAAAUUAGAGCCAAUAACGAACGAAUUGUCAAGGUUCUGAAUGCUGGACAAGAAGCGAUGAACAACUCUUGCAAGAGUAUGGAUCAAACUGAUAUGAUUAUGGAACGUAUUCAAAGAAUUCAGGGCCAAUGGGAAAAACUCACAAGAAGUUAUGCAAUCAGUGCUACCAGGCUUGAGAAAGAAAGAAAUCGCAAGAAGUUCAAAAGGUUGGCUAACGAUUUGGAGCAUUGGAUUGCUGAGACAGAAGAGGAGCUUGCUAAUAAAGAUUGUGGAAGUGAUGUUGAAACGGUAAAGCAGCUACUCAAGAAAAACGAUUUCUUCGAGGUCCAAAUGAGUGUUUAUGGCGACAAAGUCCUCGAACUAUUUGGGCUUCUUGAGGAUUUACCAAAAGAGGCUAUGGACGAUUCGAUGUCUUUUGAAGUGGUGGACGCAGAGACGGUGAGGGCUCGUGCUGCGGAAAUUGUGGAAAGGUUUGAUCGCUUACGUCCACUUGCUGAUGCACGAAUCAACUUGCUAAACAACACCUUGAAAGUUUGUCAGUUGGCUCAAAAGAUUGACGAUGAGAUUAGCUGGGCUUCCGAAAAACGAAUUCUUGCAAUGAAUGCCGAUCAUGGGAGGAAUUUUUCGCAUUUCCAAAGUGUUCUUCGAAAACAUCGCCGACUUGAGGAGGACGUUGUGAAUCGGCAACGACAAUUGCUUUCACUCCAAAAGACGUGCUCAGAAGUUGACCAAACGAUUGCAAAGUCAGUGAAACUUGAUGUCAAGCUACGGGACUUGGACGCACUUUUGGAGGAUCUAAAGAACGAACUUGUCAAACGGAACAAUCAUCUAAUGGAAUGCAAGAAAUAUCAUGAAAUCUCAUCACAAAUCGAGGAGGAAAGUUAUUGGCUCUCUGAAUGUGCCGAGAUACUCGAUCAAAACCAAGAAGCUCGCUCAUCUGUUGCCAUUGAAUGCGCUCUUAAAAAGCAUAACCUUUUGGAGGACGAUCUGGAGAUUCACAAAGCCCGCAUCAUGGACCUUGGAGGAUCACACAAGGCCAGCUUUGCUAAUGACGUCGAAUUUAAUGAAAUGAUUGAAAAAGAUCUGGGUCAAUUGCAAAAACGCUUGUCUACGGUUCUCUCGUUGUCCUCGGCGCGUCGUGAUGUAUUAGAAGAAGCAGCUAACUCGAUCAAUUUUCACUGGCAAUGCGACUUUAUUGAGGCUUGGAUUGUCGAUCAAAUGCGACAGCUCGGAUUUGUGGAGAACAUCGAGGAUCUGGAGAGCAUUCGUCGCUCGAAACUUCAACAUUCCGUCUUUUGCUCUCGAAUUGAAGCUUUCAAUCAGGAAGAAUUGAGAAAAUGUGCGGUUUAUGUUGAACAGCUUCAGCAAACGGCGUCAAGCGAUCAGCUGCAUCGACAUUGGGGAGAAGUGAUGAAGAAAUGGAUGAUGCUCGAAAAGAAGGCAGCGGACGUUAGCAACCAACUUGAUGAUGCCGAGGCGAUGCGAAGUAACUUGGAAACGCUUUGGUUGGAAUUUGCUCAACAGGCGUCCGCGUUCAAUUCAUACUACGAAAGCUCGGCUGAAGAUCUAACCGACCCAAUUCGAUGGUGCAACUCGUCCAAAGAUCUCGAGGAAUUGUGGAAGACUCACUCAACUUUUGUUUCAUCUCUGUCGACAGCCGAACAGAAAUACAUUAGCCUCGUCGAUUUGGAUGCAGCAGCACGAAAAAUCUACCCUGGACCAAACCCGUUUACCUGGUUCGAUAUUCAGGCCAUCGAAACGACUUGGCAAUCUUUGCAGCAGCUUGUACAGCAACGUAAAGUUGCUCUUGAACACGUGACCGAGUGCUUGAUGGAAAACGAACAAAUGGAGAAAGAAUUCGCUUCACAGGCCAACAUGAUUGCUAACUUCAUUGCCGACGUAAAGCGAAGAGCUCUGGAGGCCAAUGGUUCACUGGAAGAGCAAUACAAAAAAAUUCGAGGAAUUGUCGAUGAAUUACUAGAGAAACGCGGCCACCUCAAACAGAUGGAUGAACUUGGCGCCAAACUCGAGCGACACCUUCUUCUCACAAACAGGUACACUAAAUUCUCACGCAUCAGCUUGUAUCAUGAUUGGGAGAAUUUGGAGAUGUUGAUCACGCGUCUUCGGCAAAGUUUGGAUCAGCAAAUUCGUGCUCUGAAUGAGGGUGAUAUAAAAGAAGAAGCGCUCAAAGAAUACAUGACAAUCUUUCGCCAUUACGAUAAGAACCUGACUGGUUACAUCAGCUACAUUGAAUGCUUGAAGUGCCUGAGUGCUCUCGGAAAUGAUGUGGGCGAAGUGUCUGAACGUGUCAUGAGCAAGGAACAACAGCUUCUUCUCAAACAAUUGGAUCCACAAAAUGAAGGAAAAGUUUCGAUUCAAAACUUUAUCUCGUGGAUGAUUUCACAAGAGACGCCCGAUGUACGACAUGGAGAUGAUAUUCGAGCUGCUUUUCGUGCUCUGACCAAGGAUGGAAAGCCGUAUGUGACUCAAGAAGAACUUAAAGCGGUUCUUCCACACAAUGAGUUCACUUACUGCCUGCAAAAGAUGCCAAGAUACAGGGAUCAAAAAAAAGGUACAAUCGUCCACGAAUUGUUCGACUACCAUGAAUUCUCCGAGCAAAUUGUCUCAAAU